AUGUCUAUUCCUACCAAUUCUACCAAUGUGCCGCCCAUUAUUCCUAUUGUAUCUCAACAAGAAGGUCAGAUAGCAGUUAAUGCCUCUACCUUUGAAAAGAACAUAGAAGAAUUAACGGGUGUAGACACUUCUAUCCCUAGUAAAAAUAGCUUUGUAUCAAGAAUGACUGGCUCGCAGUAUGCUCCAAAGGUGACUGGAAAUGAAGCUUUUGUCUUGAACAAAGAAAGUAAAAGAAUUAGCCGCCAGAAGGCAGAGAAACUUUUGAGCAAAUAUAAACGUGAAUCGUAUUGCCUCUUGUCUGCACUUUAUGAUGCUAAUAUCUUGAAAGACCGACACUGCACAGAGCAGAUGGAGCGCAUCCAUAGUAUACUAAAAGUCACUGAGAACAUUUCCCCUAUCAACACUACCGGCAACAACAUCAGUGUCUGCGACAUACCGCUUUUCCAGAUUAUCGGAUACUCUGUGCCAGAUCAAAACUCUAAGGUGUACAGCAAUGUCGAGCACUACCUGUCCGCCUUUGAGAAGCUUAUGACAAUUGGGUGCGAGCACAUCGACUCUGCUUGGUCCAGGUGGUUGCCCAUUGCAAUGACCCACGAGUACGAUACCUGGUACCUGGAAAACCUGAGCAACAAGAACCUCACCUGGGCAAAAGCAAGAGCAAUCAUCAAGAAAUAUUACAACACUGAAGAGUACCAGUGCAUUAUGGCCACCGAAGCUUUAGCCAUGUACAUGGGACCCAAUGAGACUAUCCAAGACUAUGGGCAGCGGUUCCAAAGAGCCUGUCGUGAAGGAAACAUCGGCCAGGACGGUUUAAUUUCCAUUCGUUUCUUGUCGUCUUUGACACCCGCCCUCAGCCACGCCACAUUCUCUGCCUGGUUCACCCAUAACAAUAAGGAGCCAGAUUCUGUCUAG